AUGCUCGACACAACUUCCACAUAUACAAAAGAAACCAGCGAGGGAAAGCCGUAUAUCAAGCAAGUGGAAAAGAACAAUGAGAUUGUGGUGGUUGCUGAGAAGAGUUACAUCACCAGCGAGCGGCUCCCAGCAGUCUCUCUCGCUAACACCAUAGAAAGCCCCGGUAUUGCGCGAGCUAACACGGCGGUAUCUGAAGAAAAACCCGACGGUGACCUUGAAUGGGCCAGAAAAUGUGACGGUUAUUCGCCCCUUCAGCAGCACAUCCUCUUCUGGGAUCGCGAUGGUGACGGAAUGAUCUACCCUUGGGAUACCUACAUUGGGUUUCGGGAACUAGGGUGCAACAUCUUAUUUUCAAUGAUUGCGACUUUCAUAAUCAACGUCAACUUCUCCUAUCCAACACGCCUAGCAUACUCGUGGUUGCCUGACCCAUGGUUCCGUGUUUAUAUUACAAGCAUCCAUAAAGCUAAGCAUGGCUCAGACAGUGGCGUCUACGAUCCAGAGGGCCGUUUCGUACCGCAACUCUUCGAGAAUUUGUUUUCGAAGAGGGACAAAGAUAGGGAUGGAGCUUUGACGCUUCGGGAGCUUUUCCAGCUAAUGCACGGCCAUAGAUGCGCCGCAGAUCCUUUUGGGUGGUUUGCAGCUUUGUUUGAGUGGGGGACAACUUGGCUUUUGGUUCAAAAGGACAGUAACGUGCAGAAAGAGGAUCUACGAGCUGUAUAUGAUGGUUCCUUGUUCUGGAAAAUAAGGGAAGCUAGAAAGACCCCAGCAGGCUGGACGCAGGGCUGGGGAUUGGGAGGUGAUGGAUUUAUCGGAGGAAAGCAGUUGCUUUAG